GCUAGGAAUAGAAGCAGAUACAUAAACAACUUCUGUUGCUGCUCCUGCCUCUGCGGCCUGCUCUUCCGUUCCAAUUGUCCAUCAGUGCAUCUGCUGUGUUGGAAGAAGUAACUCGUAUCCUUCUCAACCUCAUAUCCCACUUUCUUCGAAACCUUCUGCAAAAAUAUCGGAAUAUUCUGAAAGAUGGCAUCUGCAAUCCCAUCACACUUGAAGAGCGCUGCCAAGUCUGCCCUGGGGGGUAGCAGCAAUGGCGAUGCGGCCGAAUUUGCCAGAAAACACCAUGGCAAAACACAAUCACACAUGGCUUUCGAAAACACAUCUACAUCUGUAGCCGCAAGUCAGAUGCGAAAUGCACUCAAUAACCUUGCCGACACUGUUGAGGACCCAGCCGAGAAGAAGCUUUUCGAGACUGAGAUGGACAACUUCUUUGCUCUUUUCCGUAGAUAUCUGAAUGACAAGGCAAAGGGAAACACACUGGAUUGGGACCGUAUUGCACCGCCAGCACAAGGCCAGGUCGUUGACUACAACGAGCUCGCUAACUCGGAGUCCGUUGGUUUCCUCAGCAAGCUCGCUGUUCUUAAGCUCAAUGGUGGUCUUGGUACCUCCAUGGGCUGUGUUGGUCCGAAGUCAGUCAUUGAGGUCCGUGAUGGCAUGUCCUUCCUCGAUCUCUCUGUCCGACAAAUCGAGUAUCUCAACAGAACAUAUGACGUCAAUGUACCAUUUGUUCUGAUGAAUUCGUUCAACACUGAUGUCGACACCUCAAACAUCAUCAAAAAGUACGAGGGCCACAACAUCGACAUUCUCACCUUCAAUCAGUCAAGAUACCCCAGAAUCUUAAAGGAUUCGCUUCUCCCAGCACCAAAGUCAUUCAAGUCCCCCAUUUCUGACUGGUAUCCACCCGGCCACGGAGAUGUCUUCGAGUCUCUGUACAACUCUGGUAUCCUUGACAAACUCAUUGAACGAGGUGUUGAGAUUCUCUUCCUCUCCAAUGUUGACAACUUGGGUGCUGUUGUUGAUCUCCGAAUCUUGCAACACAUGGUUGAGACUGACGCCGAGUACAUCAUGGAGUUGACCGACAAGACCAAGGCCGAUGUUAAGGGUGGAACCAUUAUUGACUACGAGGGCUCUGUCCGUCUCCUUGAAAUCGCACAAGUCCCCAAGGAGCACACCAACGAGUUUAAGUCUAUCAAGAAGUUCAAGUACUUCAACACCAACAACAUCUGGUUGAAUUUGAAGGCUGUUAAGCGUAUUGUCGAGAACAAUGAGCUUGAGAUGGAAAUUAUUCCCAACAACAAGUCUGUCCCAGCUGAUAAGAAGGGUGAAUCUGAUAUCUCAAUUGUCCAACUUGAGACUGCUGUUGGUGCAGCUAUUCGCCACUUCAAGAACGCACACGGUGUCAAUGUUCCCCGAAGACGUUUCUUACCAGUUAAGACCUGCUCCGAUUUGAUGCUUGUCAAGUCAGAUUUGUACUCAUUGAAGCAUGGCCAACUCGCGAUUGACCCUAACCGUUUCGGUCCAGCUCCUCUCAUCAAGCUUGGAAAUGACUUCAAGAAGGUCUCCGACUUCCAGAAGCGUAUUGGUAGCAUCCCCAAGAUCAUUGAGCUUGAUCAUUUGACCAUCACCGGAGCUGUCAACCUCGGCCGAGGCGUUACUCUCAAGGGCACGGUUAUCAUCGUCGCUACUGAGGGCAGCACCAUUGAUAUUCCUCCCGGAUCUAUCCUCGAAAACGUCGUGGUUCAAGGUUCUUUGAGAUUGUUGGAGCAUUAGACGUAGACUUGGUAUUGGCAUGGUAUGGAUGGCUGGGACGGAAGGGCUGGCUGGUUCUGCUGUUUGGGACAAUGCAACGUUGCUUUGCUGCUUUGUUUGCACCUACUUUGCAUGGAUCACAUAACGCCUGGGUCUCACGGAACUAUACGACGAUGGGUUUACUACUUUGAAUGGCUUUAGCAUUUUCACUCGCUGGUGGACAAAUUUCACUGGCAGUAGGGCCGAAUGACCUUCAUUCUGGUCUCUGCAUUGG